AUGCAAUUUUUCAUGCAUUUUGAUCGAGUUCUGUCUGAGAAAAGGUACAAGGAGUUACAAGCCGAAUAUGCUCUAUACCAAAAGUUGCCCAGGGUGAAUAUUAAAGUGAAGAUUACGAAGCAAGCUGCAGAUGUUUACACAAAUAAAUUUUUUGAAGAAUUUCAGGAUGAGUAUGUCAAGUCCCUUGAAGUCAACAUUGAAGAAAUUGAAAAUGAUGGUGAGAGUACCGUUUACACAGUUCUUGAUAGUGAUGGUAUAAAGGUAAGGAAGGUGAGGCAGGGGUGUGAUGAUUCGGUCACUUGCAAUUGUAGGAAGUUUGAAAUAAAGGGCAUUUUGUGUAGUCAUUGUUUGAAGAUCCUUAGAGAAAGACUGAAAUUGAAAGAGAUUCCUUCACAGUAUAUUCUGAAGAGAUGGACUAAAAAAGCAAGAUCUGAAAAUGUGAAAGAUAGGUGUGGGCAUGAUAUUCAUGUUGAUGUAAGAUUGCAUCAAACUUCACAUUAUAGGUCAUUGAUGGCAAUAUUCAGAUCAGUAGCGUGUAGAGCUUCUGAAAGUGACGAAACAUAUAAUUUAACGGUCGAGAAAGCGGAUAAAUUAAUUGCAGAAAUUGAAACCAUGUUAAGCGCAAAAUUCAAUAUGCCUUGUUCAGAUACUAUUCAACAAGAAAGCCCCCCCCCCCAACGCCCCGAAAGCUUUGAAGUGGAUGGUGUAGCGGAUAAAAAUGUAGUCCAAGCAAAAGGACUCAAGAGAAAAGAGUGCACUAGCAAGGGACGAAGGCGGACAAAAGGUGGUUUGGAGCUUGCCUUGGCAAAGAAAAAUAAAACAAGUUCACAUAAUGCUUCUCAAACUUCCAUGUCUGUUACUCCUCAAACUCCUCCCUUAUUUUCGGCAAGUGCUCCUGAAGCACCUCCCUUAAUUCCUCAGUCUGCACCUUUAUUUUCAAGUGUUCCUCAACUUCCUCCAUUCUCGCCGAGUGUUCCUCAAGUUAGAGCUUCUCCGUCUCAAUUUAUGUAUCCCGCCUAUGAUGUAAGUUAG